AUGUCUACCAACUCUCUCCCCGGCGGCGCCGCCAGUGGCAGCAGCAGCAACAACAACAAUAACAACAUGGUCCCCUCCGAAGGGGGCAUGAAUGAUUUGAUCAACCAGUACCCGUUGCGCGCCUUUCCCACCACCGGGGUGGUCAACCCCUGGGUGCAGCAGAACGUCCCGGCCGGCCCCUCGCUAGGCGCCACGGCACUGGCGCACCAUAUCGACACCCACGCCACCCGCCUCAACGCCGCCCUCACCGCCCAGGGCAGCGCGCCCGACGCCCGCCGCCUCCGCCUCCUCAAGAAGCUUGAGCGUCUUCGCGACGCCUGGCCGCGAGCCGAAUGGUACCCGGCCGCCUUCGCCCCAAACCUCCCGCCCGCCGAGAACGUGGCGACGGCCAUGUGGUCGUUGACCAAGCUUUGGCUGAAGGCGAGCCGGGACCUGGCCGAUCUCUGGGUCGUGCACGACGACCCAGGCCGGUGCGGCCUGCUGGUGCAGGCGUUUAGGGAGAAGAGGGCCGUACGGCUCACCGAGGAGGUCACCACCCUCGCCCUACAGAGGGCAAAGGCCCUGCUCAGGCCGCCGCCGCCGCCUCCGCCGCCGCCUCCGCCUCCGCCGCCGCCUCCGCCACUGUCUCCACCACCGCCUCCGCCGCCGCCGCCGCCGCCGCCGCCGCAGUCCCAGUCCCAAGGAGGGGGAGGAGAAGCAACAGCAGCAGGAGGAGGAGAAGAAGAAGAAGAAGAAGAAGGAGAAGAAGGACGAGGAAGAGAAGAAGAAGACGAAGAUGGCUUGGGCGGGUUUGACCCCAUGGACUACUCCCCGACACCGCCACCACCACCACCGUCUUCACCAUCGCCGCCGCCACCACCGCCGUCACCACCGCCGCCGCUGUCACCACCACCACCCCGGCGUUCCAUGAGAGUCCUUUCCCGGGCGCAAGCCUCUCGGCAGCAGCAGCAUCAGCAGCAGCAGCGGCAGCAGCAGGGAGGCCGGGAGGCUGCAGGCCGCAGAAUCGUGGAAGACACGAUGCGGUACCUUGCGCGCCGGCUCGGCCGGGAGGCGGAUGUCUUUGGGCCCCACCAGAGGGGUGCGGCGGGCCGCCGCGUGCGCCGCGAGCUCGAGACCGCCUUGGGCGUGGGUCGCCGUGGUGUUUGA